GCCGUGAGAUGGCGUGAAGUUGGCCGUGAAGGUCGUACAUCUGGCACCCUGCUCAGUGACUGUCCGUCUGUUUGGCCGUGAGAUGGCGUGAAGUUGGCCGUGAAGGUCGUACAUCUGGCUCAGUGAACAUGGCGGCACCGGAGGGGACGAGUGUUGAGACUCUUACUGUAACACUGAACACACUGAGGACACUCAGAAGUAGUGUUACCCUUUUUUUCAAAUUCAUUUCAGAAGGCAAUAGAGAUGAAAACAGUAAUGAAGGCGACAGCAGUGUACACGAGGAGGCAAUGAAGGUCAUGGCUGAUGUUAAAUGCCAUUUACGAGAACUGGAGACUCAAGUAGCAGGUCUUAAUCCACCCUCAAACCCUGUAAAUCUGGGUAACACAGGGCUCUUGUCCUUGGACCCCUCACCAGAUAAACUACCACUCUACUACCAGCUUCUGGACUGUUAUACUUGGAUGGAGAAGGUACAUUGUUACUCCACCAUAAUGCACUCACUCUUUUCUGGAAACAAUCUCAAGAGAUCAUCGAUAUCAUUACCAUAUUCUGCUAAGAGGAGACGACCUGCUUCAUUAAACCACAAUGUACCUCAACAGUAAGUCUUUAAUUUUCUCUCUUUG